UUCCCAAAGCACGCAGACAAACCCAUGUCGCACAACUUCCUAGCUUUCGAGGUCCAACACCCGAUCCGUGGCAAGGCAUAGCUCUCCCUCCACCAUCUACCCUACUAGAUGAUGUCAUGUAAAGAGUGAAUUGACAUCACGAGGUGCAGCAUAUGCAACGCUGGAGCGGGAGGCACGAACAGUACGAACAGUACGAGCAGCACGGAUGGCAUGGAUGGCACGGAUGGCGCUCGCAACAGAUCCCGCAGCUACAGGCACCCCCCACCAUCGCAGACGAUUCCACAGCAGCGCCGGGAUCAGAACCAGCUGCAGCCGCAUUGGCUCUAGUAUGACUGGUACGAACGGCGUCCGCAUCAGGACUCAAGGGGGUUGGGGCGGCGCUGGCAUGGUCAGCACGAACGACCCACUUACAACGGGGCUCACAGCAGUCUCACUCACAGUCGCAGCGCUGGCACAACCGGUGCGAACAGCAAUGGCAACAGGAUUCGAUUCGCACCCUCCCGGUGCACUGGCACUGGCACUCGCAACCCGCUUUCGCAACUGUAGCAACCACCAGCUCUCUCUUCUCUUGCAGCCCCCGGCCGUCAAAUUUGCUCCCGUCACCAUUACAGCAGCAGGAUCUGAACCAGACUCCACAGCAGCCACUAGACACCCCUCGAUCACCGCCUACCAUGAAUCUCCAAUGAUGACCAUCAGCGUCUUCGUCAGUCGUCGUCAGGAAUCGGGUUCGAGCUUUUUUUUCCCGGGGGAAGGGAGAGCAGCAGUCUUUCCAGGGCUUCGGACAUCCGGGCGAGUAUCGCCGAGUAUGGCCGAGGGCUUAGGGCCAGUAGUCCCGUAGGGCGGCCGGGGUGCUUGUGGUGGUGGUGUGAUCUGAGGGGAGCUCUUGAUUGGGGGAGAGAGCAGGGAGAAUUGAAGAGUUGAUAUCGCUGGUCUAGACCUCGUGUAAGCUGGGUUUUUCGUUUACAGGAGCCUUGGUCAGCUUCUGAGCUUAGAGUGUGAUAUUAUUCCAAUGGCCCAAGGCAUAUAUAUCUAUGCUCUCUGCGUAGUGAUGGGAACUGUGCUCAUCUGAAGAGGCGAUGUUCUAGAAAAUGUGCUUGAGGGUGCAAAGCUUGGCCUCGCUUUGGUGUCAUUGGUGAGUUACUAUUUCUGGGUUUAUCUCCAAGGUGCUCCCCAAGGAUGGAAUACGAUUUUCUGGGUGAAGAC